UUUCGGACGCAGCCACAAAGAGCGUAAUUAAUACACGUGAGGCCCCUCCUCCCGGAAGAGGCCGAGCUGUUGCUAGCGUUUGUGGACGCGCUAGCCUCGGAAGCUAACUUGCUAAGACGCUAACAGAGCAAAACCGAAGUCGCUAACCGAAUGUCUCAUCUCCGUUCUGGGGGCAAGUCUUCUCUCUGUCGCUACCAUGAUUCCGCCGCUGUGAAUAUUUUUCGCGGACGCCGAGCCGAGUAUUCGUCAAGACUUCCGCUUUUCCGACCGCCAAAUAAGGUGUGAAUGACUGACGUGGUGCCGCCCACUGCGCUCAGCGAAAUCAAACUCCGCCUCCUGUGCCAAGAUGACAUAGACAGUGUUAAAGUGCUGUGUGGUGAUUGGUUCCCCAUCGAGUAUCCCGACUCGUGGUAUCAUGACAUCACGUCGAACAAGAAGUUCUUUUCCCUGGCCGCUACCUUCAAGGGUGGCAUCGUGGGGAUGAUUGUGGCUGAAAUAAAGGGCAGAACAAAAGUGCACAAAGAGGAUGGGGACAUUCUGGCCUCUAGCUUUCCUGUUGACACUCAGGUUGCGUACAUUCUGAGCUUAGGAGUGGUGAAGGAGUUUCGAAAACAUGGAAUAGGCUCCCUGUUGCUGGACAGUCUGAAGGAGCACAUCUCCACUACGGCGCAGGACCACUGCAAGGCCAUCUACCUGCACGUGCUCACCACCAACCUCACAGCUAUUCACUUCUACGAGAACAGAGACUUUAAGCAGCAUCACUAUUUGCCCUAUUAUUACUCCAUCCGAGGGGUGCUGAAGGACGGCUUCACCUACGUCCUGUACAUCAACGGGGGACAUCCGCCUUGGACCAUCUUUGAUUAUAUUCAUCAUAUAGGAUCAGCGCUGGCCAGCUUAAGCCCCUGUUCCAUUCCACAGAGGAUCUACCGGCAAGCACAGAGUCUCCUGCGCAGCUUCCUGCCGUGGUCCAGCAUCUCAUCCAAGAGUGGCAUCGAGUACAGCAGAACCAUGUGAAGGAAGGACAGAGCUCUUUCCGUCUUACCAGCCCGACACCUGAACCUCAGCGUCGACGAUUUUUACGCAAAAUCCUUCUCGGCCCUUUACAGUGUUCAGGCCGUGUGUAAAAUCUGUACAUAAUAUAUACUCAUGAUUAAUAUAUGCAUCGUCUUUAUCCCACUCUCCUUUUAAAGUGACAGCUUCAUGCCUGUAAUUACGCUGCUACCUAGAAAACGUUCUAUAGUUUGCUCGUAUUUUUAAAUAAUUUUUAUGUGUGCCUGCUCUGGAUAAGAAGGUCUAAGGGCGCUUGUUCUGCACAUGCACGUAUCGAGCCGUGUUUCACGCAAAGUAUUCGUCUGUUUUGUUUUUUUAAAUUGUGUGUUCGUUUAUGCGAAGUUUUAAGUGAUGGUUUUAAUGCACAGCGACGGUGCUGUAGGUCAUCGUUCGAGAUGUCACUUUUGCCCUUUUUAAAAAUUUUUUUUUUUAAAAACCGAAUCUGUAAUGAUCACACCCGUAAACACAGUGCGUGUUUGAUUUUAUACGCAUUAAAAUGUGAACGUAACAGAUAGUCGAUGGUGUAAGCAGGUGAAAAUCAGGGAUUUCCAAAAAUGAAUAAAUGUUUGUAAAGAAUUGAUCAUGCAUAGCAUGUAGUUCAGUGGAUUUCGAACCAGGGUUCAGGAUUCAUGGACAUAGAUUUCUUAUUAGUUUGUCUGUUAGGAAAAGAGGCGAGGCACAUUCCUGUUUUACAAACACUGAAAAGAAGCAUAAUUUUUCACAAAAUGUACAGUCGUGUUAAAUUAAAGGCGCUUUUUAAAACACUUUUUCAAGUCCCAAGCACGUUCUGAACAUUUUGUUUGAGACCUGAAAGUUUUUUGCUGUUUUUUUUUUUUUUCUUUUCCACAGUCAAAUGAACCGAGGUGAAUCGUCUCGACGCGAUCAGGCGUCAAAUUACAUGACUGGUAUAUUAACUUCCUGUUUCAGGUUCCACUAUGGCAGGAAAGAGAUGUUCUGUAGUGGUCUGUAGAGGAGACAGGAUGCUUUCUCCAUAUAUAGACAGAAAGAAGGUAUUCAAGUACCUUAAAAAGCCGCUGAAUUUUUUUACUUUUAUUUAUUUAUUUAUUUUUAGCACAUGAACGAGCAGAUUUGACUGAAAGUCUUGAGUAAAAAAAAAACACUAAUUAAAUAAAACCUACAGACAUAGCAUAGACGUGUGGAAAUAGACACAAGCAAUCUGACUUGACCCAAGUGUUACAAAAAACAAACACAAACAAAAAAUGCAUAUAUCUGAGUGCAAAAGUUUUCAUCCCCCAAGGAAAAAUGAAACCAAAUCCAUGUAUUAAAUUUCGUAUCCUAAUAAUAAUCAUAACUUCCGCUGUACCCUGUUACAAAACGUAAGGCGAUUGCAACUGGAAAAUUUUCCAGACCUUUAAACAGAGAUGUAAUGCUGAAUAUUACAUCUGAGAUUAUAUAAAGUCUAUAUGAUAAAAGGAUUUAGUUUUAGAUUAUAAUUAGGAAUCAGAAAGGAGACUGAACUGACAUUGCUGUGUUUUUCCCCUCACUGUUAUUAACAUCGAUGUUCUAACCAUUUUUGGUCAACACCAAAAACAGCUUGUUGCUAUGAAUGACAUUUCUGCCAUGCUCCUUUUUUUUUUUCUUUUUUCUUUCUUUUUUUUUCUUUUGGCCUUGGGGUGUGUAAACUUUUGCGCUCAUGUGUAACCCUAUUGAAUGCUUAAAUGCACAUUCUGAAAAGGGAAGCGAGACUGUGUGUGUGGGUGUGUGUGCGUGUGUGUACGCGUGCGUGCGCGUGUGUGUAGCGAUUUGUGUGAGAUGAAACAUGUUCACAUGAAAGCCCUGAUCCAGUUCUGAACCAGUGAACAGCAGAACGUUGAUGUCUAGUUUUUAAGAGUAUGAAGCCCUGUGCAACGUCUCCCUCAACUGCUCAAGAUUUGUAAUGACACAAUUGUAAAAUGAUCAGCUCUAUUAUUUAUUUGAUUUCUUGAUCAAGUGAAAUGUCUUCAGUGUGUUUGCGGCAUUUCAUUUGUACCAAGACUGCCUUUUUUU